AUGCCCCAUUCUUACCAGCCCCUUCAGGGCAAGACGAGUCGGGAAGCAGUCAAUGCUACGGCCGAAGAGCCUGAUACAUCCAGUGAAGAUAUCUUAGCCAAUGCUACCUUCAACGAUCGACGGAGGCGGAAUUGGUACUACAGGCUCGUCCUCGAUUGGUGGCUCUGGGAAAUCGGGGCCUGUGCUUUAAGCCUGCUGGCUCUUGCGACGACGAUAGCCGUGCUCGUUGUCUAUUCAGAGAAAAAUGUGCCCGAAUUGCCCGAAUAUAUUACACUCAACGCUAUCAUUUCCGUUCUCACAAAUGCCAUAAAGAUGCCGGUUUUGGGAGUUAUUGCAGCUUGCAUAAGUCAGCUAAAAUGGCUAUGGUUGAAAGAUAUGAGACGCGUGGAAGACUUGCAAAUUUUCGAUGAUGCCAGCCGAGGGCCCCUAGGGUCUCUGAAUAUGCUCUCUCACCUUCGCGGAUGGUCAUUCACUCCUAGCCAUCUUGCCUCCCUCGGAGAGGUAGUCACUAUUUUAACUGUGGCUCUAGAGCCCUUUAUGCAGCAGCUGGUUAUAUACCCAGUCAGACUUGUGUACAGAGAGUCAGGCAAAGCAUCGACUCUGCGUGCCGACAAUGUGAGCUACGCAGCACAGGGCUGGCUGGAAAUCGACUACUCUUCUCUCACAAACACAACGCCGAUUUCUAGAGCUAUGGAAUGCAUGUUCACCUACUGUCUUCAGCGUUACAACGUCUCCGUCGAGUCCGGCGUUUCUACCAUAAAGACGGACCCUGUCCAUCUAGCGUCGAUGAAUCAACUUUCCGGGUGGAACGUUACGGCACCUCUGCUACCAGAUAAGGACAAGGAGGGGACUACCACCUUCGUCGUGGAUGAUAUCGCUGGCCACUCUUUAUGGAAGAGGCUUAUCCUCAAUCUCGUUGGAAACGCAACGACCUGGGUCCAGUCGACGGAAUACUUCAUUCCAUCCAAUACAUUUAUCGGAACCUCACGCACCGUCGAUGACAAGGUGCAUAUGAUGGAGAGCCUCGUUGGACUUUCACAACAAUUCAUGCAUGUGCGAUGGGGUUGGAUUGCGCUACCUACUUUCGUCGUGCUCGCGACUAUACUCUGUCUUUGCUUGGUCAUGAUGUGCAUGUGGAAGUCCUCUUCUCUGGCGUUGUUGUACCAUGGAUUUGAAAAACCUGUUGAGGAUGAUCAGCGUCGUUUCGCCCGUUUGAGUGACAUGACGCACAAUGCGGCAAAUUCCAGGGCGAGAUUGGCUCCGUCUGGAAACUAUACCUGGGAGUUACAGGUUAACGACGGAUGUGUGGUGGAUAAAGCAAUAACACCUCACAAGGGUUCUCCAACGCAUCAAAGAGGCAGUAGGGUGUGGGGCGUGGCCAAACGGUUCAUCGUCUGCCUCAAAGUCCAUGAGCUUACUUCUACAACCCGCCCCCAAUCCCUCCCAGGCUACCGUCAAUCAUAUAACAGCAACUACCAACACCAACAAACAACUGAGAAACUUCCCAACGCUAAAAGAGAAACGAUUCCUAACCCGAGAUAUCGCAAAAUGCAGCGAUAG